AAAAAUGUUUGUUUUCAAUUUUUUGCGUGACAUCUGUCAUUAGUGUCAAACUAAAAUUGCACGUGUGUGCAGUUGAUUUCUUUUCUUCAAUUGUUUGUUUUCAUUUCGUAUUCUCUUCCAAAUCCUGCCUUUAAUUGAUAAAAAUAAAAUAUGGGUAAACAAAAGAAAACAAAGAAGAUCCAAAAGCAGCGCACCGCUCAGCUGACUCGUCUCAUGAAACCCACCGACAGUCGAAUCAAAGAAGAACUUCGUAAAAAACGCAAAGUCGCCAUAGAUCCCUUGAAAUUGAAAAUAAACGAAGCUCCUCAAGCCAGUUCAGCUCUCUUCUUCCAAUACAACACUCAACUAGGACCUCCCUAUCACAUCAUUCUCGAUACGAAUUUCAUCAAUUUCAGUAUAAAAAAUAAGUUAGACAUAAUUCAAGGUAUGAUGGAUUGUUUGUAUGCCAAGUGUAUACCCUACAUAUCGGACUGUGUGAGGGCUGAAUUGGAGAAACUCGGUGCUAAAUAUAAACUUGCUUUGAGGAUAAUUUCUGAUCCAAGAUUUGAGAGAAUGCCAUGUCUGCACAAGGGUUCGUAUGCUGAUGAUUGCAUUGUGAAUCGAGUUACCCAGCACAAGUGUUAUAUUGUUGCAACAAAUGACAAGGAUCUGAAGAACCGCGUCCGAAAGAUUCCCGGUGUUCCUAUUAUGUAUGUGGCCGCUCACAAGUACACUAUUGAGAGAAUGCCAGAAGCUUAUGGCAUCAAGACAUAAUUUUAAGGGAUUUUUGUUUUAGGAUUGAAAUGUUAGUAAACAAAUUAGUUUGUAUAUUUUUUUUAUAUAUACACAAACAAAUAUAAUAAAAUGUGCUUAUUUUUUAAUUUA